UUCUCUCUAUAGUCUCUUUCUCUCUAUUUCAGUCCAUCCAUUACGUGGAAGUUCAAUUGACAUUUAUCCAAAUACUCGAUGGCAACAAAAUGGUAUCACUGUAGCUGGAGGAAAUCGACAAGGCAAUGAAAUCAAUCAACUCUCAAACCCAUCGGGUUUGUAUGUUGAUGAUGAUCAAACAAUCUAUGUUUCUGAUCAAUCAAAUCAUCGUAUUGUGGAAUGGAAACGAGGUGCAACAAGUGGCCAAGUGGUUGCCGGUGAAAAUGGACAAGGAAGUGGAGAUCAUCAAUUGAAUAGCCCAUAUGAUGUGAUUAUCGACAAAGAGAGAGAUAGUCUCAUCAUAUGCGAUUAUUCGAAUAGAAGAGUGGUUCGAGGGCCUCGUCGAAAUGGGACAAGUGGAGAAACAAUCAUCUCCAACAUCUAUUGUGUGGGUUUGACAAUGGACGAGAAUGGAUCUCUCUAUGUCACUGACUAUGGAAAAGAUGAAGUGAGACGAUAUCGAAGAGGAGAAUCUCAAGGAACAGUGGUUGCAGGUGGCAAUGGAAGUGGAAAUCGUCUCGAUCAACUCUCUUCCCCAACAUACGUAUUCGUCGAUCGAGAUCAUUCAGUGUACGUAUCUGAUGAGAGAAAUCAUCGUGUGAUGAAAUGGAUGGAAGGUGCAAAACAAGGCAUUGUCGUGGCUGGUGGUCAAGAAGAAGGAAAUGAUCUUACACAAUUGUCAUAUCCUGGAGGAGUCGUUGUCGAUCAAUUGGGCACUGUCUAUGUGGCUGAUGCAGGGAAUAAUCGAAUCAUGCGUUGGCCUAAAGGAGCCACACAAGGAAGUGUCAUUGUUGGUGGAAACGGUAGUGGAGAACAAUCGAAUCAACUCAAUUGGCCCUUCGGUUUGUCAUUCGAUCGACACGGGAAUCUCUAUGUCGUCGAUUGGAGAAAUCAUCGAGUACAAAAAUUCGAUAUGGAUUCAAAUGCAUAGCAGCUUGUCAGGUGUAUGUGCUUAUGUAUAGAUGUGAUAGUAACCAAGAACAUUGCGGAUAUCCGCAUCAACAGCUACACCCGCAGAUCCAAAACCCAUCCGCACAAGUUCUCGUCUGAAAUGAAAUAGUCCGAUAGUGCCAAGUUUAAGAAUUUUAUGAUAUCAUCUUAUUUUCAUCCCUUCUAGGAAAGGAAGGAAUUCUAUAGUCGGAGCAUUGCAGUUCAUGAACUACUCUCUAAAAAAAAAAGGAGUUUUGCAGAACCUUUUUCUGGGUUCUGCUAGUGGGUACUCCACAGAACC